AUCAGUAUGUUGCCUGACUCUCUCUUCAUUCAUAUUCUCUCCUUCUUACCCACCAUUGAAAACUCUAUCAAAACCCAUGUUUUGUCCAAAAGAUGGCAAUACCUUUGGACUACCCUUCCAUCACUUGUUUUCCGUUACCGCUUUUACGAAUCAUGUGAUACUAGUUAUGAAAGAAAUUAUGACUUUAUCAGAUUUGUUGACAAAACCCUACUUCUCUGCAACUCUUCUAUGCUUAAAAAAUCCUUGCUUGAUUUCAAUUACGUGUCGGAAUUCACUUCCAAUAUCAACUCAUGGACUCUAUUCACAACAAGGAACGCCGCCAAGGAGCUCCAACUCAAACUCCGCAUUCCUGAGGAUGACUUGUCUGAGGAUGAACUCUUCGUGUUGCCACAGGAAUUGUUUACCAAUUCAUCGUUCAGAGAAUUGCGUUUUUCCAUUUGCAAUUUGAUGCCUAAAGGAGUUGUUUGCUGGAAAUUGCUGAAGACAUUGCCAAUUGGGUAUGUCAAGUUGAAUGAUGGUGUGAUUGACAAGAUAUUAGAGGGUAGUCCUGUAUUGGAGAAUUUAGAAUUGUAUUACUUUUAUGGCUUCACUCAUUUGCAUAUUAGCAAAGCAAGUCUGAAAAUUUUGAUCUUGAGAGAAUUUUGAGAUUUGAUGGACAUCUAUGAAGGUGACGGUGGAAUAUUUAAUGAAUUUUGGGACUUUGAUUUGGAAAUUUUAACUCCUAAUCUUCUGUCAUUGGAGAUUUUGGGUUUUUAGGGAGCAUGAAUUGUCAGCUGGCAGACGUAUCGGCUUUGGUUAACACUAACCUCAAUUGCUACUUAACAAGCUAUGUUCAUGAUGAUUAUGAAUGGCACCAAAAUGUUUUAAGGGGACUUCUUGAGAGCCUUGUUCAUGUCAAGAAUCUCACAUUAGGUUCUUGGGCUUUAAAGGUACUGUCAAUAAUGGAAAUGAAAGGUUUACGUUCUCCACUGUCAAAGUGUGAAUGUUUAACACUACGUACAUGCAUUGCGAAAUAUGUCCUCCCUGGAAUAGCAAGCCUCUUGGAAAGUUCCUCUCAUCUAGAGACGUUAGUGAUAAUCUCAAAGUUCUCUUCGUGCCCUUCCCAGAAGGAGCGUUUUUGGAACAAUCUCACCCUCACCCACGCAUUUGAUGUUGACGGGGAGAACUGCUGGACAUGACAAAAGAGGACAUUUAAGUGUUUGAUGUUGCUCUCAAAAUAGUUAAGUUUACUCGUUCAAGUCAGAGAUACUGUCGCGUGGACUUAUCUUUUCUGCAAUUUCUAUUGAAGAAUGCGACGGUGCUGCAAAAGAUGUUUAUCCAUAAUCCAGCAAUCAGACGUGGCCUAAGGGAAGACAAUACAGUGCCGAUGGAACUUUUCCAAGAAGCUUGAAAGCUUUUAAGUUUUCCAAGAUCCUCUCCUGAUGCAGUAGUGAUGUUCGAUUAGUGAAAUGGAAAACUCAAGUAAUUCGCUUUCUCAGCGAAAACACUACUGUUUUUUCCUUUGAUUAUGAUUUUGUUCUGUUUGACUUUUGAAGCAGGCUAUACUUCAUUGGAUAUUAUUUUGUUUAUAUCUAAUGGCAGAACUUUAGAAACUCUGUUAUGUAGGGGUUGCACUUUAUAAAUUGUGCUAUGCAUGAAGAUUAUUUAAAUU